AUGAAGUUCUUCUCCAUUGUCAGUGCCUUCACAGCGGUGCUGUCGUGUACGGCUGUUGUCGCCGCACAAUCUGACCCCGAUCCAAUUGGCACCAUCUACGAUGGCCCUGUGCCCGCCGAUCUAUACGGAUCCAGCUAUGCCUACCCCUGGCCGGUGAAGCAGUUCAACUUCUUCAAUCAGCGCCAGAACCUUUCAAUGGCGUUCAUGGACAUCCCAGCAAAGAAGCAUUUCAAGAAUAAGAAGACAGCGAUCCUACUGCACGGCGGGAACUUCUGCGGCGUCACAUGGUCCGACACCGCGCGCCAACUAUCGGCUGCCGGCUACAGAGUGAUCCUGCCCGACGACAUCGGCUUCUGCAAGUCGAGCAAACCCCAAGGCUAUUCUUAUAACGUACACCAGCAGGCGUUGAACAUCCACAGUCUGCUUACUGCGCUUGGCAUCGAUAGAGCCACCGUGAUCGGCCAUUCGAUGGGUGGCAUGAUUGCCGCCCGUUACGGCCUCAUGUACCCGGCCAGCGUCCAACAACUUUUCCUUGUCAAUCCCCUCGGCCUAGAGGACUGGGUAGCCAAGGGUGUGCCCUACCUAUCAGUCGACGCGUCGUAUCAGAGCGGACUUGGGCAGAACUUCAACACUCUCAAGGCGUAUGAGCAGGCCAGCUACUUCGCCAAUGCCCCCUGGAAGCCUGAGUACGAUACCUGGGUCCACAUGCUAGCCGACAUCUAUGCCAGCGACUAUGGCUCCGACUAUUCGUACGUGAUGGCCCUCGUCACCGACGCCUUGCUCAGCCAGCCUGUUAUCCACCAGUUCCCUGUCCUGCAGACACGUACCUACCUCUUAGUGGGAGAUAGCGACGUUUCGGCGCUUGGCAAAGCAUGGUCACCCCCUGCAAUCGCUGCGAAGCUGGGCCAUUAUGCUGAACUCGGUCCUGCUGCCGCAGCCAUGAUCCCCAACUGCACGCUCCACAUGUUCCCCGGUCUAGGCCAUGCGCCCUUCCUCCAGGACCCCAAGGCGUUUUACAAGGUGCUGCUUUCUUUCCUGGACUAA